AUGAAGUUUUUAAAAUUACCUCAACUGUAUCAUAAGGGAGGGAUUCAUUCCAUUGAUGUUAAUCAGGACAACACUAUUUUAGUUUCUGGUGGGGUGGAUAAAAAAAUUGGGGUUUGGGAUUUGAAAAAAUUGAUAGAAUUGUCAAAAUUAGUACUGGUAAACAACUCUCCAGAAGUUAGACUAAAAUUGAAAUCACUUGAACCCAAGCAAAACAUCACUUGUCACGAGAGUUUAGUUAAUGUGGUGAGGUUUUUUAAAGGGGAUAAUAAGAGAUUCGUAUCUAGUGAUGUUGAUGGAAAUGUUUUCUUCCAUGUUUUGCAUGAACAACUUGAGACCGAGACAAAGCAAUUAUUCCCCUUCAAAGGUCUGAAAACACAAGUGAAAACCCCGGUUGUGGACUUGUCUAUUUCUGCAGAUAACAGAUUGGUAGCAUGGAGUACAAAUGAUGGGAAAGUGUAUUUGUAUGAUGUUGUGAAAGACACAUUCCAGGAAUUGACAUCGAUAUGUCAUGAAAAACCAAUUAUACAAAGAAGUAUUGCCUUUGAUCCGUCAAAUAAUUAUUUGAUAACUGUUGGAGAUGACACUCAAAUAAAUGUGUUCCAAUAUCUGUAUGAAAAAGACGACAAUAAUACCUACAAGUUUCGAUUGAUUUAUAAGAUAUCCAAAUUGUUUAGUCAAAAUCCAUUGAAUGUAAGAUACAAAAGAAUAUCCUGGUCACCUGAUGGAAAUUUAGUGUCUAUCCCUACGGCAUCAAAGAAUCAAACAAUGUUAAUAUCUUUGAUUUCACGAUCGGAAAAAUGGACUAACAUUGAAAGUUUAGUAGGGCAUGAUUUUGCUUGUGAUGUGGUUAAAUUCAACCCUAAAAUUUUUUCAUCAAGAGAACAUGACACAAGCAAAGUUCAUUCAGUUAUUGCAUCUGGUGGUUCCGAUAGAACCAUGGCUAUUUGGAACACUUCAAAGUCAACACCAAUUACAGUACUACAAGAUGCUGUUCAAGGAGAAAUACUCGAUAUCACAUGGACUACCGAUGGUACAUCUUUAUUGUUCUGUACAUCACAAGGUAAGUUAUGCAUUGGGAACUUUGAACCUAAUGAAUUGGGUUAUGCAUUUAGUCAAGAGACAAUGGAGAGAUUUGUACAAUUGCAAAACAACUUGGUCGAGCCUAUGAAUUUUAGAUAUCCACACGAGCAGACCGUUGGGAAUCGGAAACAGCUACCACCAAUUGAAUUUUUAAAUCAAAAAAAUGCAAUAUCGACAACUUCACUGUCAAGUAUAACUGAAAAUGACGAAAAAAAAUCAGAAGAGAAUGUUAGUAUGUCUAGUCAAAGCAAAUCAACUACUGCAAAGGGUGGAGUCAUAACUCCAGAGGUAAUUGCCCCUCCAAAAUUACAAUCGUUGGAUGAUGAUGUUGAUGAUAACGAUGAAGAAGAUGAUGGAAAGGGCAGUAUGCUAGAUUCUGUUAUGAAUGAUCGUGCUGAAGCAAGCCCACGGAAGUCAAAUAAACAAAAAAACAUUGCGUCUGCGGUGUCAGAACCCACUGGUCAGUCGCUUUCAUUUAAUAAACAGAAAGUAACCACAAAAAAUGGGAAAAGACGUAUCCAGCCAAUGUUAAUAUCCAGUGGGAAUUCUGCCUCCUCGGUUUUACCUAGAUCAAAUAGUGUGGUAAAACCUGUUGCAAAUAAUAUCAAGUCUUCCAUGGAAUUUGAUAAACCUUCGUAUUCCGUUUCUGAAGAGUUUUAUAAACAGAACAAAAGACCUAGAACUGAAGAUACUACUGGUGGUGGUAUUAACAAAAAGUUGAAGCGCGAAAUGGAACCAGUCAAAUUUAUUGGGUCAGUUAUACUUAAUCCAAACACAUCAUUUUCAAAAAUUAGACUAGCAACCCCUAAAGUUAGACUUUUUUUCCAAUUGAAAAGCAAGACCGAUGAUGGUAUGUUUAUACUUGACAUUAAGAAUGGAUCUGGUAAUGAAUCUAAACCAUCAAGGUUGACUUAUUUGAAAAAGGAUAAAGAGAUCUGGUGUGAUUUUGUGCCCAAGUAUAUCCAAUUAGCUACAGAAGGCUCAAAUUUUUGGGCUGUCACUACGCUGGAUGGAACAAUUUUAACAUAUUCACAUGUUUCUGGUAAAAGACUUUUACCAUCAAUUGUUUUGGGAUCACCAGUAUCGUUUCUUGAAAGUUACGAGAAGUAUAUGAUGGCAGUUACUUGUAUUGGAGAGUUGUAUGUUUGGGAUAUGGAGGCAAAGAAAAAUGUACUCAAGUGUUCAAUAAGUCCAUUAUUGGAACUAUAUAAUAAAGAAGGGUUGGUUAAAUCUGACAAUAUCACUUUAUGUGCAGUAACAUCUUUUGGUAUACCGUUGAUCACGUUAUCCAAUGGGUCAGGAUAUUUGUUUAAUAAAGAUUUAGGAGUUUGGCAAACGAUUACAGAAUCUUGGUGGUGUUUUGGUUCUCAUUAUUGGGAUAGCACGGAAACCAGCACCACCAAACAACCACAAACUAUGAAUAUGUUUAAUGAUGAACAAUCAAUUAUAGAACUUUUAGAGCACAAAACAAACGAAGAAAUAUUGAGAAAGACUAGGACUGGUAGAGGUAAAUAUUUCAAUAAGAUAUCCAAGAAUAUGUUGAUGAAAGAAGGAUUCGAAAGUUUGGAAAACACAAUUUCAAUAAGUCAUUUAGAAAAUCGAAUUUUAUGUUGUGAAUUGUUAGGGGAAAAUAAAGAUUUCCAUAAAUUUUUCACCACUUAUGUACAAAGAAUAUGUGAAUUGGGUUUUAAAGCUAAAUUAUUUGAAGUAUGUGAUGAAUUAUUGGGUCCUAUUGAUGCACCUUCCAAUGAGAGUGAUUGGGAUCCAAAAAUUUGUGGAUUUGACAAAAGAGAAUUAUUAAAAGAGGUAAUAACUUCUUGUUCACAAUUUAGAGAUGCUCAAAGGGUAUUGGUUCAUUUUGGUAAAAAGAUUGGUGUUGUAGUGGAUGAGCUUUGA